CCAAGGUUGCUAACCCAGAGAAGGGAAACCAAUGGUAACACAGGCGAGCAUUUAUUAAGCACUUAUGGUGUGCAGGGCCUCCACACAGCAUUGGAUUUCAUUCUCAGACCAACCCUCAAGGUGCUGGUGUUAACACCCCAUUUUAAAGAUAACCAGCCGCUCAACCAGUGUAAGGGACUUGCCCCACGGUGGAAAAGCAGCAGCUUCGGCCUGACUCCAGAUCCCAACGCUGUGGAAGCCGGAACGCCCCAAGAACAGGCGGAGAGCAGAGGGGGCACCGCAGGGGGCGGGCCGGGAUGUGGGCGCCCCCCAGGCCUCGCCGGAGGUCGCUUGGCCCCAGCGACAGAGGACGAGCUGUCAGCACAAGGGACAGCUCCCCGGGCCGCUCCCGGCAUCCCCGACGACUGCGCGCGCGAGCCGGCGACGCGCGCUCCCCGCCAGGCUCGGCCGCGCGCCUUCCCCACCAGCGCGCGCCCUGCGCUCGGGACUGGGCUGGAACGGCGCGUGCCGCUCGCAGGGAGCCAGCCAGGGCGUCCGGAGCCGCGGCCGCAGCGCGGAGCUGGCAGGGACGCCCGCCCGGGCACUCAGUCGCCUCCCAGGGGGCCUCCCGGGCCUCUCGGCGCCCGCCUCGCCCCCCCAAGCCCCACCAGGCGUCACCGCCGUGGCCUGGGCUUGAGCGGCCGCCGCUAGCUGCGCCCUGCCCGGGACGGACGCCCGCCCGCCCCGUCACGUGCGCCCAAGUCCUCGCGGCCGGGGCAGCGCCGUUCCCAUGGUUCAAGUACUACUGCUGCAAGAAGGACGAGCCGGAGGAGGACGAGGAGGAGCCGGACUUCGCCGUCCACUCGCACCUGCCCCCGCUGCACUCCAACCGCAACCUGGUGCUGACCAACGGGCCGGCGCUCUACCCCACUGCCUCCACCUCCUUCAGCCAGAAGUCCCCGCAGGCCCGAGCCCUCUGCCGCAGCUGCUCCCACUGCGAGCCCCCGGCCUUCUUCCUGCAGGAGCCGCCGGAGGAGGAAGAAGAUGUGCUGAACGGCGGGGAGCGCGUGCUCUACAAGAGCGUCAGCCAGGAGGACGUGGAGCUGCCCCCGGGGGACUUCCAGGGGCUGCAGGCGCUCAACCCCAACCGCCUCUCUGCCAUGCGGGAGGCCUUCGCCCGUAGCCGCAGCAUCAGCACUGACGUGUGACCGGGGCCUGCCCCCGAGUCCCUGAGGGUCCUGAGACCAUGGCAGGGCUCCCAUGGCACACCCGCCUGGCCCCAGGCCCCAAGUGGGGCUUGGCUGAGCCCUCCUCAAAUCCCUGUCCUCAGGGGAGGCCCAGGCUUGAGGAGCCCCAGGGCUCGAGGCAGGGAUAAGGCUCAUUGAACACAAACAAGUCCCCAGGGAGGCACAACUGGGAUCUGGGGCUGGAAGGACCAGUUGACCAUACAGCGGGCCGGGCACGGAUGGUUGCUCCUGACGCUUCUGUCUCAGCCACAGCAACUUGGCCAACCCGAGGGGUCUCCAUGGGUCACCCCAUCCCUGGGCCUCAGCCUCACCUGCUCAAGGAAGGGGUGACCUCAGUGAGGCUCGGGGCCCUACAGUAAGGCACCCCCACCCCAGCGAUUGCAGACCAAGGAUUCCGUGCCUCCACCCUGAACUCGGGCCUCUCUCUGCCUCUUUUCCCUCUCUCCCCCCACUCCUCCCUCCCCCUCUCUCACACACACUCCGUUUCAAGUGCCAAGCGUCUGCCCAGGCUGAGACAUGAGGUGCUGAGCUCCCUGCAGAUGGACAGGUUGCCCUAAAUGGGAGACUGUCGGGGGCAGCAGGGCCCUUGGGAUGCUCAGCCCAGACAGGCGUGUUGGUGGGAGGCGGAGAGGCCAUGUCACAGCCCAUCUGCCUUGGGAGCAACAGUGUGGAAAUGCUCAGACGCAGUGCUCAGCCAGAAACCAGCUGGCAGGAGGCAGCCCGGGGCCAGUUAGGGUGGGCAGAGCCGAGGCCCAGGGUUUGACAACCCCCAGUCCCUGUGAGACUUGGAUGGCCCUUCCCACCCUUGGGCCUCGGUCUCCCCAUCUUGUGUGAUGAGGGGCUGGUCGCAGAGGGACCCUGAGGACGGAGGUCUUCAGGCUCUGGGUCUCAACAGGAACUGAGGUCCCCAAGGGAGACAGAGCUGCAGGUCACCUCCCCCACCUGCUUCUUAGCAGGAUCCAGGAGGUCCAGCCCAGCCCCACCCUGCUCCCAGUGGACCCCAAGCAGCCGGAGCCUCCUGCUGCUGUGUGAAGGCCUACCCUGAGCCCACUUUCCACCAAGCGCCCACCCAGGCUGAGGAUUCCCGGGAAUUCCCACUCGCUGUCCUGCUGCUAAGGAAAUGACGUCAAUGGCUACCCCAGAGAAAUCCCCCAAACCCCGGGUCACCAGCCAUCAGGAAAGCAGCUCUUCCUCACCCAGGAAGAGGCACUGAUUACUCUCAGCAGCCUGGCCCCAGGAUUCCCCCUUCCCUCUCUGGGGCUCUCUCUCUCCUUCUGGGCCCUGCCAUGGAGCCCCAUGGCCAGGGCAGUCCGUCUCUGCCCAGGGAAGGCACAGUCCUGAAGGACAGGGCUGGCCGGGCGUGGUGGCUCAUGCCUAUAAUCCCAGCACUUUGGGAGGCCAAGGCGGGUG